CCCAUCCCGCCCACCCCCAGGUUAUCCAUGUAGCACAUUCGGGCAUAAUUUAGAAUGAAGAUGGUAUAGGGGAAGGAAUGAUGGGAUAGGAAUGAUGAUGAUAUGAAAGCCCGCCAGGCGUCGUCUGGAGUGGUUGUGAAACAUAUUGUUGGUGUUGAGUGGUGAUCCGAGAGGUGUCCUCGUCGAGUUCCUCAAGCAUUCGUGAGCUCUACACCCGUGAGGGUGCACCACCUAUACGGAUGACCCUCUGUUCUGAACAUGCCGUUACAUGAAUCUGGUGCUGCAACCUGCACAUUCUAUUUACAUUCGAUAUGCAACAAGGGCUCAGCGUGUCCAUUCCGACACGUGCGUGGGGACAGAACUGUUGUGUGUAAACAUUGGCUCAGAGGCUUGUGUAAGAAGGGAGAUGACUGUGAAUUCUUGCACGAGUAUGACAUGUCAAAGAUGCCCGAAUGUUACUUCUAUUCCAAAUUCGGUAUAUGCAGUAAUAAGGAAUGUCCAUUUUUGCAUAUUGAUCCUGAAAAAAAAAUUAAAGACUGUCCAUGGUAUGACAGGGGCUUUUGUAGACAUGGCCCAAACUGCAAAAACCGACAUGUGCGACGAGUUAUCUGUCAGUGCUUUCUUAAUGGCUUCUGUAUAGAAGGGCCUGACUGUGCAUUUAAACAUCCCAAGCAUGAUCUUCCAACACCCGAUCCAUUGGAACGUCUACGGAAAGCUUCCAUUGUUUGUCACUUCUGUGGAGAAUCAGGUCACAAGGCCAUUCAUUGUCAUAAGAUGCCGGCCGAUAUGAAAGCAGAAACACAAGAGCACAACCGAGACACAUGGACAUCCAGACUUAUUGAUGAUGACCGGCGUCCCAUUCAAGAAGUUACCUGUUAUAAGUGUGGAGAAAAAGGCCACUAUGCCAACAAAUGUACAAAGGGUCAUCUUGCUUUCCUUAGUGCCGGAUUAGUGAAAUGAUACAGACUGGAUGAAUGUUUUGUACACCCAGACAAUGAGUUAUGUCGAUGGUCAUGACUGUUUGCUUUGGUGUCAUUUUGUCAAUAUCCAUUUGUUCACAAACAAUGUUGAAGGCCAGCUACAGAUCACUGAUCAGUAAAGAAACAACAGUAUUGCUUUGAGGCCUUUACAAAGGGUGGAGUGAAAGUCUUUCUACAGCAUUUGUUACAUGGAAUACUGGAUACUGAAAGCUAAUAAGCUGAAGUGAAGAGUAGUUGGUUUGUCUGUAUCAAAAUUAUGCAUUUAUGGAAGAGAAUGGUUUCAUUUAACAUUUGACUGUCGACUGAUUUGGUGUUUAAUAUGCUCAGGACUAAAUGAGCAAAGUUAAGGGUUUGUGAUGCCAAAAUGUAUUCUGUAGUUUUGUUGCCAAGCAGUGAAUUUUGUGAGAAAAGUAUAACUUCAAACAGAUUCUGUUGUAUUGACACUAUCCAGUGAAUACUAUAGAGAAAAUAUAUCUUCAAACAGAUUCUGUUAUAUUGACACUAUCCAGUGAAUACUAUAGAGAAAAUAUAUCUUCAAACAGAUUCUGUUAUAUUGACACUAUCCAGUGAAUACUGUAAGAGAAAGUAUAAUUUCAAACGGAUUCUGUUGUAUUGACACUAUCCAGUGAAUACUGUGAGAGAAAGUAUAUCUUCAAACAGAUUCUGUUGUUUUGAUUAUAUCCAAUGCAUGCUGUGAGAAAGAAUAACUUUGAAUACAAACACUUUUCAUGGUUUAUUGCUAACAUCUGUGAAAAAAAAUAAACAGCACACUAAAUAUAGCAUCUCAGGGUAGUUAAUAUUAUUAAAGUCCCAAUCCCAUUUUAGUAUAAUAAUUCUAAAUUGUCCAUUCCUGUUCUUUCCGGACCAGACAACUAGCUAUCCAGAGGCCGGGCCCGGGAUAGACAUGCACGAAACGUUAGUGGUAUAGGGGCAUGUUAAAAGGGUACUCUCUCCCUCUCAGGGUAGUCUAAUGUAAGGUCUGUUUUGUCAGAGGGGAUUUAAAGUCUUGAUUCAUUUGUGAAGAUUUUAUUCAUUUGUUAUGUGAUUCAGUCUGUCAUUCGGUAUACCAAUUGAAAUAUAAUAAAUGUUUGCAUUUGUUAUGUGAAUAAAACUGA